GGGAGUGCAGGGCAGAGGAGGACAGGACAGGACAAGACGUCGACAACAACUACUACCACACUACUACUACUAUCACCGCCGCCGCCGCCUCCUCCUCCUCCGCGGCGUUUUGGGCUGUGCGACCUCUUCACUAACGUUCAUUGGUUCCGCGGCGAUGAAUUCCCUGGAGCAGGCUGAAGAUCUGAAGGCUUUUGAGAGGAGAUUGACAGAGUACGUCUCCUGUUUACAACCUGCGACAGGACGUUGGCGAAUGAUUCUCAUAGUUGUUUCAGUGUGUACUGCAACAGGUGCCUGGAACUGGUUAAUAGAUCCUGAAACACAAAAGGUAUCUUUCUUCACAUCGCUAUGGAAUCAUCCAUUCUUUACAAUUAGUUGUAUAACUCUUAUUGGUUUAUUUUUUGCUGGAAUACAUAAAAGAGUGGUUGCACCAUCAAUUAUUGCUGCAAGAUGUCGAACUGUCCUGGCAGAGUACAAUAUGUCAUGCGAUGAUACUGGAAAGCUUAUAUUAAAGCCCAGACCUCACGUACAAUAACAAAUCUGCAGGUCAUUCAUUCGUGGCUCUUCGAAAAUGUGAAAAUACUGCAAAAGUCCACUGAUCAGCCUCUUCCAGAAUCAGCUCCUUAUUUGCACAUCAGUAAAGAUCCUCGGAUUAGGAAAAUUAUCAGCAAUAAGGAUGCGUUAUUUUAUAAGAAAUCCAGGACUCCAGCUAGCAGGUUGUACAAAAUACAAUUGGCAAUUCUUUUUCUGAAUUUAAAUGUCACCGGGUCACUUUAAUUUAUUGAUAAGAUCCUAAAUUCUUCUGUUUUAACUUCUGAGCUGGACUUUAUUCCUUUAUAUUUUAAUAUGAUGCUUUUUGUACCUAUUGUAUAUACAUACUCAUUAAAUACAGUAACAAGAAAUUUAAAAACUGAUUCUCAUUGAUUGAGAAUUGGGUUAAAUGUAUAAAACAAUGUUCCAACAAGACAUCAAAUCUAUUGUGUACUUCUCAUUAUUGUUUUGUCCUGAUGAACAUAUGCCUCUAAGACAAAAAUGGUUAGCAUAUCUUGUUCAACUUUGUUGCCAAGACACCUUUGCUGUUCACCUAUCUGUUAUAAGGCACCUCUGUCCUUGUUGCAUCUAGGCUGCAGAUGAAUUAAAGGGAUGGAUAAUCAGUACUUCAGGUGAUAACUUGAAUCCUUAACUCAUUCACAUCAUGUUACAUAAUUGUUUUGCAAACUGUUGCACAAAAAAAUUGAAGAUUCUACCAUCACUUUUCAAUUAUGCACAGACUUGUGCGGUUGUGUAUAAGUUAUAAUUCACAUUUUUGAAUCUUGCUUUAUUAUACUUCUGGAACUUAUUACAGUAUUACUUUUGCCUCUAGAUGUAUUUUAAUGACUUGAAUGAUUUACAUUUUUAAAUUUUAAAAGCAUCAUGACAUUGUAACUGUUUUUUCAGCCACUUAAAUUUUGUAGGCCUGUGUACAUAGCAAUAAACCAUUU